AUGUCCUCCAACCGCCCCUCUCCAUUCUCUCAAAACCAGGAUGUCGAACCGCUACAUCAUCCCCGAUCUCUCCUACCCACACUACCGCAUCCACAAGACAACAUGAAUACGUCACGCAGAUGGAUCGAACGCCAAAACUUUUCUAAUCGAUACUCAAUUCUCUUCCGCCUCAGAGUUGACCAUGUUAGGCAGAGUGUUACCAACCGAGGUAGUGCAGACAAGUACACCUUCGUCAUGUCGCGCGAGUGGGCUGAUAGCGCAGACGUGUUUCUCGUCGAUGACGCAAGGACGAAGAUCUGGCUGAGGAUUUACGACGCAGGUCGGGCUGGGAUGUUUGAGCCGAAGAGCGUGUUGGAGCCGGGGGUCGGGGAUGAAGAAGCUCGUCUGGGAUACCAUGUGGACUUUGCUACCCCGCAGGUCAAUCUCGCGGAUACAUUGCUGCGAUGGCAGAACCUAGAUGCGUUCAAUGGCAUUCCGGUACCGAGGAGGGGAUUCAGGAUCAGUUCGAUCGAUGGGAGGGUAGUAACCAUGAAGCGGAAGCGGUAG